AAAACUUGAGUCCCAUCAUCAAAUUGCGAUCAGAGUAGUACAGUAAGGUAUCCGUUUCAAUUACCAUCUUCUUCCUUCCAAACCCUAGAAACACUCUCAAAUUCCCCCGAUCACAAUUUCAAAACCCUAGAAAUCCCAAAUCCCCAAAAUUAUGAAUCUUCCAUCCUCAAAACCCUCUCAAUCAGACUCACAAGUUCAAUCCCCUCUCAACAUCUUCCCUUUCGUCAAAGGCGAUUGUUGCAACUGCAAUGUCAAACAGCGUUGGCUUCUUCACAACGCCGUCGUUCGCGGCGCCGAUCGACGAAUUUGCACUUCCUGUGUUCUCCGUCUCAAUCCAUCAACAUUUUGUCCUUAUUGCUUCGAAUUCUUCGAAAACCCUCUUUCAACAACUUCUUCUUCCUCUUCACAUCGUUUCAUCUCCUGUGUCAAAUGUUCUUCCCUUUCUCACAUUCAGUGUUUAUCUUCUUCUCCUUCUCCUUCUUCCUAUCACUGUCCUCCUUGCUCUCAACCCAAUUUCACUUUCUUCCCUGUUCCUGAAUCACCUGUUGAUGAAAAACUAGCUAAGGUUUUCUUAUGUGCUUGUAAGAUUGCUUCUUCUGUCAUGAAAAAGCAGUUCUCUUUGUUUAAUGCUAGGUCUGAAAAAGCUGUUAAAGAGGCGGCAAUAGCGAGGAAGAAGACUAAGGAAGCUAUUGAGCAAUGCUUUGCACUUCAAAGGCUUCAUGGUUCACUCGAUUUAUCGAGUAAUAACAAGAAUGUGGUUAAAAAUGAAGACUUGAGUGGUGUGUAUGGACAUGGACAUCCACAGUCCCAGAAUGGUCCUCUCAAUAACAAAAUUGGGACUAGUGGGAAUAAUCCUGUUGUUGUCAACAAUAUUGGAGCUAAUGGGAUUGAUGGAAGAAUAGGGAAUAGUAAUAAUGGUGGGAGAUUUGGUCCUCCGUUUAAAACAUCGGCUUUUUAAUAUUUGCUACAGCCUGUGGCGACAAUUCAGACUUAUCAAGGCAGAUUGACAAGGGUGUGGCUGUUUCGAGAGUUAGUGCUGCUGCGAAAUUCUGUGUAAGAGUGCACAUUAGAUCUUUUUAUGUAGUAUAUACAUGAUGCAUUUCAUGUAUCCGUUCCAUUCCCUUGUAAAGCCUUCGACCUAAUGUGAUUAUGCAAUUUUAUUGUACUUUAUGUGCCUGCCUGUAAUUAGGUUUGAGCUUUUUAUUGUGUUAAGAGUAUCAGUCUAUCAGAUGUUGUUACUCGUUAGUCCAUUUAUAUACUAUCAGAUGUCAAA